AUGGAGGAUGACAUCCCUGAAGGCUACAGGCCAGACCCUCCAGGCAACAUCGAAGCGAUGUGGCACAAAAGCCAUACCCCGAUUUUAGAUCUUUUCCCCUAUCCAAAUAACAAAAGCCCUAUCAUUCCAUCAACAUCAGAUCUAGACGAAGACUGGCUUCUCGCGGCCUCCAGCAGAGUACGCAUCUUCAUGAGCCUCAGCAGCAGCCCCAACAUCCGGGAAUACAAGGACGAACACAUCCAAUUCUUCUUCUGGACUGCUCUUGACCGCUCAAACCGUCGCUACAAAGAUAUCCACGCUCCCAACGCACGACUCUGGGAAUUCCACGACAUGCACGGUAUGCUGGCCUGGUAG